CAAGUCAAUGAAAUUGAACUAUAUUGAAAUCUUUAUUUUCUUGGAAAUGAUUGUUUAAUUAUUAGGAAAACGUGAUAAUCGUAACAAAAGUGUUUUUGUUAUAUUUUUAUUAUAGAUUUAAUAUUAUAUCAGUAUUAUAGAUUUAAUAUUCAAGUAUGAUUAGAUUAAGAAUUAAACAAAGUGCAAAAUAUAGAAUAGUUUUAAAAUUUAACAUUAAGAAAGAAAGAUUUUCAACUAAACAUGUGAAUAAUUUAAAUAUUAAGAAACAAAAUGAAAUAGUUGAAACAACAGAAGCUUCUAAGCUAGAUAAUAAUUUUAUAUGUAAAACGCAGUCAAAUCAAAUAUUUAAAAAGAAUAUUGUUCAUAAAGUGCUUAAACAAAAAAAAGAUAAGAAAAUUGUACAAGUAAAAGAAAAAGAAGAUUUGGAAUUAUCAGAAGAACCAAAAAUAAAUGAAGUAAAAACUAUAAAUAAGUUUAAAAUUAUGGAAAAUUUAAAAUCAUUUUCUAUUUUUGGUUCUGAAACAAUAAAAAAUUGUGGUAUACAAUGUGUUGAGAAUAAUAUAAACUUGAAAAUUCCAAGUGUAACGAAUAUUCUUAAUGAAACUAUGUCUUUGGAAGCCAAAGCUAUGUUAGAAAGGUGGAAAAAAAAUAUAAUUGAUAAGUUUGGACAAACAUAUUUUGAUACAUAUCGUAAAGAUUUAUUGACUAAUGGUAAAUUAUUUCAUUCUGUUAUCAAAAGUAUAUUGUCAUAUGAAGAAACUAUAAUUCCACCUUCUAUUAAAUCAGUAUAUUAUAGUGUAGAAUCAAUAUUAAAUGAUAUACAAAUAACUUAUGCACUUGAAAAAAAUAUAAUGCAUCCAACGUUACGAUACAAGGGCAUUGUAGAUUGUAUUGCUUCUUAUAGGGAUGAGAUAUAUUUAAUUGAUUGGAAAAAAUCAGAUAAAAAAAAGGCAUCACUUGCUGCAACUUUUGACGCACCUGUACAAGUUGCUGCUUAUAUUGGAGCUGUAAAUGCUUCAAAUAAGUAUUCAUUUAAGAUACAUAAAGGAUUAGUUAUUGUUGGUUAUACAAAUGGAGAACCUGGAAGUGUUCAUGAAUUGAAAGAGGAUACUUUACAAUUAGCAUGGGAAAAUUGGUUGGAAAGAUUGGAAAAAUUUUAUAUAAACAUGAACAAAAGUAAUUAAUUUUUUAUAUAAAGAAAUAUUUU